AUGACCACCGACCAUCCCAUGGACACAUCCGCCCGUUGCUGCGACGUGUGCUUGGAGCCCGUCCCGCUCUGGGAGAGCGUCAUUAAGCUCUGCGGUGACACGUGCGCCGCCCACCUCUGCGUCGAGUGCACGGAGGCUUACUUUGACCACCACCUCUCCGCCUUCCUUCCCGGGCUCCUCACCAAAGCGCACUGCCCCAUUUGCCUCGUGCCGAUGCCAAAGCACAAGUACAUGCCCUACGUGCAGCCGGAUCUCCUCGAGUACGCGGCCAAGUGCGUCUUUGCCGCGUCCGAGCUCCGCUGCCCCCACUGCGACGAAUCGACGCCGUUCGUUGAUGCGUGGUCGUCGCGACCAAUGUCGCCAUUGCGCUUGCCCAAGACGCUGCGGCAAAAGCUGCCGUGGCUCCGUCGCCUUGGCACCAAGUUCGUGCGCUACAAGCUUGCCGCGUCGACGCUCUUCGACUACAUUCGGUCGACCUUUUCCGACUACGCCGACGUCGUCUACAUGCACACGCUGCAGCUCAUCCACGACCCGGAACGUCGCGCCACGUUUGCCAUGUAUGAGCUGCACAAGACGCGGCUCGUAUUCACGCCCUGCUGCGGUAAGGCUGUCUGCUUUGGCUGCAAGACGGCCGGUCAUCACGAGAUCUGCGACGCUGGCGAAGCGUCGGAGCGCAACACCGUCGUGCUCUGUCCCGAGUGCAACAUCCCGAUCGUACGCGGCGACGGCUGCGACUCGAUCAAGUGCGUCUGUGACACGUACUUUUCUUGGCAGGAGCAAGUCUUCGUCGCCGAGGAGCGCAGUCGCAACGCUCGCUUCCAGGCCGUGCUGCGCCUACCCCACGGUGCGCGCUCUCUGAAGCGAGUCCUCGAGUACUGCCGGCACCUUGUGUGGCGCAGCCGGUUCCUCGAUGUCGUUUGGCACCUCAAGGUCCAUCGCUUUCGCUGCGUGGCGUGGCCGGUGCUCGCGCCUCGGCUCCGCGCCUGUGUCCAACACCGCCGGUUCAAUGCCGUGCUGGGCCAGCUCCGCUCGACGAUGCGCCACCGUUCUCUCUGCCGCGAAAUCCACGCGCGUGUCUGCCGCAUCGAAGCGGUCAAGACGACCAUGGCUCUCGUCUUGCACGAGAUGCGCAUCGCCACAGCACGACCCAGCGUCCAACCUGCGGCCAAGCUCGAGGUCGUCGACGACACGGCAAAGGCGCCCGUCGACUAUGUCAUGGCGGCCAUGGCGUAG